AUGAGUCUCGAGAUCGAGUCGAUCAAUCCUGGCGACGGCGUCAACUUUCCCCAGCAGGGCCAGACCGUGUCGGUGCAUUACGUGGGCACGCUGACCAAUGGUGUCAAGUUCGACUCGAGUCGCGACCGCGGCCGUCCGUUCCAGUUCAAACUGGGCGCCGGCCAAGUGAUUCGUGGCUGGGACGAAGGCGUCGCCAAAAUGAGCACGGGGCAGAUCGCCAAGCUCACGCUGUCCCACGAGUACGCGUACGGCGAGUCGGGGUAUCCUCCUGUGAUCCCGCCAAAGGCCACGCUCAUUUUUGAGGUCGAGCUGCUGUCAUUCAAAUAG